UUGCCGGCAUCAAGACAACAUGUUCGCCCCAGCACGACGGCGGUGCGCCCAAAGCUUCGCAAAGUCCUCGAGCCAGAGCAGCGACUCAAUACCGACUUUCCUGCUGCCCGUAUUUUCCAGGCCCGCGCCGACCAGGACCUUUACCUCGACGGCAUCAUGUCAAUCCAAGAUCGGGUCUUUACCGCUCUCAAUACCCCAGGGAGUCACGUUCCAGGUGGUCGCGCCUUCCGCUAAGGCGAGAAGUGCGAGAGUGCAGGCCAUGUCUACAGUACACAUCAAGGGACCACUCGGUGAGCUUUCAAUGGCCAUCCCUCCAUACGUCAAUAUCAACCAGGACCCGGCAUUGGGCGGGCCGACGUUGACAAUUGAGGACGCGAAAGAUGCGAAGCAAAAGGCAAUGUGGGGCACCACCCGCGCAUACCUCCAGAACCACAUUCUCGGUGUCAGCGAAGGACACAGUGCCAUUCUCCGCUUCAACGGUGUCGGUUACCGUGCCUCCGUCGAAGACUCUGCGACGACCGUAAAGUCCGAAUUCCCCGGCCAAAAGUUCGUCAACUUGAAGGUCGGAUACACACAUCCAGUCGAACUGGCCAUACCAAAGGGCGUCACUGCAAGCACACCGCAGCCGACACGCUUACUGAUAGAGGGGCCGGAGAAGGAGGUGGUUAUGCAAUUCGCAGCCAAGAUAAGGAGUUGGAGGGUGCCAGAACCAUACAAGGGCAAGGGUAUCUUCGUCAACGGAGAGACCAUCAAGCUCAAGAACAAGAGAGUGGGCGGCAAGUGAGCAUGGAUGGUGGUCUGGUGGAUGUAUACUACAUGUAUUGGCGUUGUACCAUGAUGAUCGGUCGAACCGGUAUUAUGCCGAGCGUAGGUGCGUCUUGCGCACGAAGAAAUACACAACACGCGUCCGAAAGGCGCAGCGAUCUAGGCAUCCAACUUUGGAAUUUUGUUUUCCGCCGUCUAUGGUCUGAGCUACCGCAAACAAUGUUGCAACAUCGAGUACCACACCCUGGUAAUGCUGCUGCCUAAGGACAGCUGGCAGAGGCUGUGCUCACUAAGCGAAGAACACCAUUGAGGAACUUCUACAUAUAUUGUGGCCUUCAGUUUUCACCCUAGAUACCGGCAU